GAUAAAGAAACGCAUUCUUUCAGCUACCACGCGAAACAGGUUGAGCAGUGGAAAGAGAAAGCUGAAAAGGGGUUAGUUGUUUACAGCCUUUAAGAAGGAGAGGAGCUGCGCUGUAACUGAAGUUUACGUGGCCGAAAUCUACUCAGGUUGACAUUACGAGGAGAGAGGAGGCCACACACACACACACACAACAUGGCAGGCAAGAGUCCAGCGUUCAUUGUGAUGGGGCUGGUGGUGCUGGUCGCCGCGAUGUCUCUGUAUGUGUGGACCGUGAUGUCGGAGAACUCGCUGCUGCGGCUGGAGAGUGACCGGGCCAGGGACGAGAGCGGGCAGCUGAGGAGGGCGAGAGACCAGCUCCAGAAGCAGCUGGGCGAGUCCACCAUGAUCCUCAACGACAAGAAGCACUACAUCAGCGAGAUCGACGACAAAUUCCUCAAGACCAGCGGGGCGCUGGAGAAAAAAGUCGCCGAGGCGCGGCAGUGUCAGGAGGAGAAGAACAAAUUAAGUGCAGACGCUGAAAAAAAGAAUAAUGAUCUAAAGGCAAAGGAAGAUCAACAAAAGACUUUAGAGGAGGAGAAGAAGAAAGCGGAAACCCUUCUGCAAGAGUUCAAGAAGCUCUGUGGUGCAAAUAACACUGCUGAUUUGUUGAAAAACCUCUGUCCUAAGGAAGCUGAGAAACCGCCUCCCAAAGUCGUGGCCCAAUGAAGACCCCUUUUGCCAAAUCUCGCUGGACAUCAGAGCCAUCGCUUGUCCUGGCGUUAACACAAUGAGGUGGACGAAUCAUGGGACGGAAAUGAAAAUAAGACUCCGGGUCGCACCCUAUCCCUUCCUUCCUUACGACGUGUCCAAUCUGGGCAGCAAUGGGACUCUAGCAUUUCUUAUCUCCUGAAGAAAACCUCC